AUGCCAGGAAGCAAUAAACUGGAUUUGGUUCACCAGAACGCAAUUCACGUUGAGACGAUCCGGAAAGAGCGAAAGCAGCAGAAACUCCACACGGAGUUUAGCAUCAACCCAUUCAGGAAACUACAUGUCCUGCCAGACAAACCGAUGUCUAGGAAACCAGUAGAGGUGAUUGCAGAAAACUCGGACUUCAUCAAGGCCUUCCACAAGGCCCGCCAGGAGCCCACCAAGAAAUAUACCAUGCCACAGACUGAGAGUCAGGAGAUAGGAUGGAUUUCAACUCCGCUGAUCCCAUCGAACCGCAAUGACAAGAGACUCAAUUUCUUCCGGUUCAGCUCGGAUGUCACCAUGCACAAAGAAUCUGCCCUGCGUUCAUCAAAUUAGACAGAAAGAAUGUAAAACCUCCAAGCAGCGAAUGCCUGUGCUUACGAUUUUUAUUUGUUUAUUAUACAAACAUACAGGUGUCAUCGCCAGAGGCUGCCCUUUUGCAUUUCCAUCUUGGCAAACUAAGAAAAACACUUGCAGGGGAAACCUUUGCACAGGUCUAUACAAAGCACA